UCCGCUCUCAGGCCAGUUUUUUCAUUAUUAUUGUGUCAUAUAUUGUUAUAUCCUGUCGUGAGUUAUAUAGUUCGAUAUAAUAUUUGAUUCUGCGUUAUCCGGUGAUAUAUUUAGAUAUAUAUUAGCCGUAAUUUUCUCGUUUUUUGUCCUCCUGGCGAUUUUUUGAUCUGAGUGGUAGCGUGCCCUUAUCCUGUUAGGCCAAUUUUAUCUCGUUGAUUUUAUUGUUAUAACAGUGUCGUCCUCUAAUUCACAUAAUUAAUUCUAGCUAGUCAUUCAGCGUUAUACUUCGUAACUAUCUGUAAUAAUUCAGCAUAACUUCUUUGUCUCUUAAUUACACCCAUUUGCUCGUAUCGAUCGUAGUUAUUUUUAAAAUGACGAAGCAGUCUCCUUGUGGAAUUUGCUGCAAGAUCGUCGGACAUAGAGCUAAUGCGGUUUCAUGCAGUCUCUGCAGCGCAAGGCUUCAUAUUUCGUGCGUUGGUCUGACUGUAGACCAAUUUCGUAUAAUUCAGGGCAUUAAGAGCGAAUUUUUGAAGACCGUUUGUAAGCAAUGCCAAGCUAAUCUUGUGCAGAAUAAAACGGACACGUCUAACAAGCGGGUCAGCACAACGAAGUGCUCUAAAAUGCCCAGCUCGCCUUGUGCUUCACCACAGUCAGUGAAGCUGCCAACGCCUAGUACCUCGUCGCAUCCAUCGCGGAAACAAGGUACUAAAGUUCCAUCAGACUCUCCCUCAAGACCUACUAUAUGUUCAGCUGACAGUAAAGUUCCAAUUUGCAAUAAACAAACUGAGGAUAACGAUUGGAGAGUACAAACAUCGAAGAAACCAAGACCAAUAUCUAAUGACCUGAGGCGCCGUAGCCUCAUGGUCUUUUACGCACCUGAGUCAGGGGAUUCUAAUCCUCAGGUGCGUUAUGCACAUGACGUCGAAUAUUUGCAAUCAUUGAUUGACAAACUACUCGAUGUAAAUGAGGACGGGCUCAAAGUUCAACAGAUCGCCCGUCUAGGAAAGAGAAUGGAGGGCAAAAGUCGGCCCAUGAGGGUGACAUUUGCCGAAGAAGCAAGUACCAAGUUACUAUUGUCUCGCCUUAAUAGGCUGAAGGGUAUGAAGAUCCACGUGCGCGCUGACUUAGAACCGGCAGACAGAGAGAAACUCAAGUCUGCCAUGAUUGAACUAAAGCGGCGCACGGAGGAUGGAGAAACAAACCUCCGUAUCGUAAAUUUUCGAGUAGUUGCCCGGGUUCCUCCACGAAUCCGGAUCAACAGGUUGCUAAUACUUCAGGCGCGCCCAGCGGGUCCUACCGCGGUCUGCGCGUAGCCUUUACUAACGUAUGCAGUUUGAUGAACAAACGCGAUGUGCUGUACGACUUCGUAAGCUCUCAGCGACCGGACGUAUUAGGCCUUGCUGAGACAUGGUUAAACUCCGACGUAAACGCCCAAGAACUGGAAAUCACCGGCUACUCAUGCUUCCGCUGUGAUAGACCAUCAAAUGAUCGCGGUGGCGUUCUACUUUACAUAAAGUCUUCCUUGUGUGGGAGACUAGUGAGCGCCUAUCAAAGCGCUGAUGGUCUAUGUGAGCAGUUAUGGUGUUCGAUACACCUCAGACGCUGCGAGUUGCACGUGGGCGUGGUAUAUCGCAGCCCACUGAGCCGCAGUUUGGACUGGUUGCCGCAUGUCCGCAACCACAUG